UGUAUCUGUCAGAAGAGGGAGCCAGGUCCACACUGAAAUCUGUGUUGCUGGAAGUUAUUGAGCACAAUGAAUGGCACGGAGAGAAAGUGGUUAUGUGUGUAGUGGAAGGGGUGGGGGAGAGAGAGAGAGAGAGAGAUAGGAACCAGAAAUAAACCAGCCGCAAAAAGAUGAGGUGAGUGUCGUUCUUUCAGCUGGAAGCCUGUAACAUCAGCACCCUGCAAACAGCCGCACGGUGGGACGAAUGACUUCUUUGUGUUGGAAAGAAAAAUCACACAGAGAGACCUUUACUUGCAAGGUGAUGUGGACACCUACUACUUCAGAUGAGACGAAACCUGCGAUGUCGGGGUCCUGGGCUUGGCAAAACAGAGAGAGAUCACGUAGCAUCAUCCCAGACGUAAAUCCAAGGUCAGAUGCAGCAGGAAAUCCUGAAGAAAAUGCUGUACUACCUGGACACUUCUAAAGGAAAAUAAUAUUAUGAUUGUGACCUAAUCCUCAGGCUGCAGUAGUUAUGAAUUAUAGCUGAAAGACUAUAGAGAAAUUGGAAAAGUUUCUCAAUAGCUAGAGACUGAAGCUUACUUAGUGGAGUUAUAUUUUAUACACUGACCAGUAGAUUGGAAGCUUACAUCAAAGGCCAAAAGGAUCUGCUCUUAGGACUUUCCCUUAUUUUCCUCUGCCAAGGAAGACUUAAGCAUCUCACAGCUAUUUGCCAGAUAAUUGGAAAGCUCAUGCCUUAGCCUGGGAUGAUUUCAUCCUGAUGGCCCACUUCAACAGGAUAUACAAAGUGUGACUUGGGUGAUGACAACCCAGAAAGGACUGCCUUGAUACAUCAAGUUAGCAUGUGAAUUGAAAGAGAUGGCUGGAAUUGAAGGAACCACACAAUCCCAUCAGAAGAGUAAUUAAAAAGAGAUCUUGAAAGUUGUGCCUGGUGGGUGCUGCUGAUGAAAAAAUAGGUCUGGCUGGUUUAUUUGUCUACCCCUUGUCCCUUCAUUCAUUCAGAAGAUUAUACCUUAUGCAGUGCAACUUGCCUGCUUUGAUUGUGCCCCUUAUUUUGUUUUUUUUUGUUUUUUCUGUGUUCUGCUAUGCAAUUCAAAUUCUAAAUAAUGUAGAAAGAAAAAUGUUCUUCCCUGGAUUAGACUAAAGCAACAAAAGUCAAACAGGACUUUGAAUCUUUAACAAUGUGGAACAUUAUGAGGAGUUGCUUCCUGAGGCUACCUAUAAAGAGAGAACCGGUGCUUUAAUUUCAAAGCUUAAAAUGUACAGAGGCUGAAAGGGUAUUAAAAUGUUCCACCAAUUAGAGGGAUGGAAAAUAAAAUCAGAAACAAAAGCACCUAAUGUGUUAUGCUUCAGUAGUGCUGAAGGGCUAGUUAAAUGGACACUGGAUAAACUGAAUCAAUAAUCUAUUUAAGUGAGAAUAUAUCUAAGUUGGAAUGUGAUUGCGACCCUGAUCUAUUGAGUUUAUAUCUAUGGGACUCUCGGAGGAUUCUUCUGCUGGCAUGUUCUUGCUUCAGUAAUCUCUUUUAGACUAAAAUUCAGAAAGGAUUGCCAAGAAAUAGCACUAGUGGCUGUCAGGAUCAUCAGCAUCAUCUACAACAAAAUGACUGUGAUGGUCAGUUUCAGAUGCUUGCCUGGUGUUCUUAAUGAAAUUCCUAAGGAUGAUGGGAUCCCUCCCAAGGGUUAAGAGACUUUAGCAUCAGCUUUAGGGGAGAUCUGUUUGGCCACUGAUGGUGAGCAAUUAAUGGACACCUGAUGUCUCUUUUGUACGGAUGCAAGCUGAUGUCAUCAUCACAAGCCCCAUGAUAUGAGAUUGCCUCUGGAGAAACAAUGAUUUGGAACAACACCACUAUGGACGGGAAAGAUUUGCUUGUGAAAAAGGAUUCUUGUGUCCGAAUACUCACCGGCUGCUUCCUCUCCUUGCUGAUUCUCUCUACCCUCCUAGGCAACACACUUGUCUGUGCCGCUGUCAUCAGAUUUCGCCACCUGAGGUCCAAAGUGACCAACUUCUUUGUGAUCUCAUUGGCAGUCUCAGACCUUUUAGUAGCUGUUUUGGUCAUGCCCUGGAAAGCCGUUGCUGAGAUAGCUGGAUUCUGGCCUUUUGGGUCAUUCUGUAACAUCUGGGUAGCCUUUGACAUCAUGUGCUCCACUGCCUCCAUCUUGAAUCUGUGUGUCAUUAGUGUGGACAGGUAUUGGGCCAUCUCUAGCCCUUUUAGGUACGAGAGGAAAAUGACUCCCAGAGCAGCCUUCAUCAUGAUCAGUGUGGCAUGGACUUUGUCUGUGUUGAUUUCUUUCAUUCCAGUGCAACUGAACUGGCACAAGGCUAAAACCACAAGCUUUCUAGACCUCAAUGCCACUUUUCAAGGUGUAGCCAUGGACAACUGCGAUUCCAGCUUAAACAGGAUGUACGCCAUCUCUUCCUCUCUCAUUAGCUUUUAUAUCCCAGUGGCCAUCAUGAUAGUCACCUACACAAGGAUAUACCGAAUUGCUCAAAAACAGAUAAGACGCAUUUCAGCCUUGGAACGGGCAGCUGUGCAUGCCAAGAACUGCCAAACCCCUGCUGGCAAUGGAAACAUUCUGGAUUGCCAGCAGCCAGAGAGUUCUUUCAAGAUGUCCUUCAAGAGAGAAACAAAAGUCCUAAAGACUUUGUCAGUGAUUAUGGGGGUGUUUGUGUGCUGCUGGUUACCCUUUUUCAUACUGAACUGCAUGGUGCCCUUUUGUGAGCCCACUGUACCAUCCAGGGGAACAGAACCAUUUUGUAUCAGUUCUGCCACUUUUGAUGUUUUUGUUUGGUUUGGAUGGGCUAAUUCUUCACUCAAUCCCAUCAUCUAUGCCUUCAAUGCUGAUUUCCGCAAGGCAUUCUCCACCCUCUUGGGAUGCUACAAACUCUGCCCUGCUUCCAUUAAUGCUAUAGAGACCGUUAGUAUAAACAACAAUGGGGGCAUAGCCUUUUCCAGUCAGCUUGAGCCCAGAGGGUCCAGCCCCAAAGACUGCAAUAUGGUUUAUCUUAUUCCUCAUUCUGUUAUAUGCCCUGAAGAAGAUGCCCUCGUGAAUAAAGAAGCAGAAGUGGGGUUGCCUAAAACAAUGGAGAAAAUAUCUCCAGCCCUAUCAGGGAUUUUGGAUUUUGAGGCUGACCUGUCUUUGGAAAAGAUCAACCCCAUCACGCAAAAUGGCCAACAUAAAACCUGAGGGGUACAGUUAACCCUUCAAAAUGUAAUACUACAAGAAAGAUUUUCAAGCUGUUUUUGUUUUGUGGGAUGGGGUGUUGGGAGGGAGGGGUGAGGAAAGUACGCUAUUGUGAGAGUCAAAGCCAUCACUCAAAAACCCAGGGCUCCACUGAGCUGAUGUUUGUCAGAACCAUACAAUUCAAGCAAACAAUUCCAACUUAAUAUACACUGUAUUUAGAGGUUGUUCUAUGUUGUUCAUUCUGAGUGGAAAUGAAAUAGAAGAUGUUGAUACAGUGUGGCUUCAAGGAAAAUGAAAAUAAGCUUGACCAAUGUUUGCAGAAGUGGAACUGGGGUGGGGAAAGUAAAUAAACUUCACUAUAGGAAUACAAUGUAUUAAAUUAAAUAUGAAGUUCCUGUUUGACUUGCAUAGGUGUUCAUGGUUGUUUAUAGGUUGCAAGUAAAGUUUGGUGAGUUGCCAGGUCUGGUGGAUGCCUUUAUAAAUGAUUUCUGAACAUCAAUAGAGCCUUAUAACAAAGAGUGGAAUAUUUUUAAUAGUAGGAAGAGAAUGUGUCAAUGCUGGCAUUAUUUAUUUAUUAUUUAAAUGGCUAUUUUUCAUAUGUUUCAAGAACUUGAGCUUUAUGUAUCUUAUUUUAACAUAUGUCUAAAGAAUGGAAUAUUUCUGAGGUUUUCUUCACUGCUUUUGACCAGUUUACUAGUCAGCACUUUAUUUAAAAAAGAACGAAAAGGGUGAGCUUUCCUCUAAGCUUUGCUUAGAUGACUGUGGAACUUGUAAUUGUUUAAAACAUUGCAAAAGAGGAGGAAUCAGCAGCAUGGUGUAACAAAAAUAAGAUGUCUUCUGGGUUCUCCUCUCUCUUACUGCCCAAAGAUAGGGCCUGAGUUAACCAAAUGACGCGUUGUAAAAGCUGUGUCCCUGUCAAAAAGACGGAGAAAAUGGCUGCGAUCAAUUAUGAAGUUUCAUUUUAUGUUGACUUUGUUCAAUUGUCAGCAUGUGAAGCUGUAAAUACUCAACCUUAUACAAGCAUACACCUUAAAAGAUGAAUUGAUCUAAGGCGAAAGCCAUCUUCGGUUAACUCAUCAUGUGGUUUGCUAUUUGGUAAGACAAACCUUUCCUUUUUAGAUAUAGACUUUUCUUAUUUCAGAACCUGACUUUUUGUUGUUACUGAUGGUGCGGGAAAGAUCCCCACAUACUUGCAUAGAAAUGUAUGCAUUAUCAAUGGAUAUUUCCUAUGAUAGAUAAAUGGAGCCUCAGUUUUUAGAGGCUGUAUACCUCCAAAGAACCAGAUUUUAGUGUCAAAUCAUGGGGGAAAGGCUAUUGUCCUUGCCUCUUGCUUGUCUGUAUAUUAUUUGACAUUAUGGGAGAGAAGAUGCUGGAUUCUGGGCCUCCAGUCUGAGCCAGCAUGACUUUUUGUGAUCCCAUGCAAUUGAUUUAAAAGUCAACAAACAAUACAACCCCAUAAAUAAAUUAUAGAUGGAUGAAAUAGCAUCGUGCAAUUGUAGUUUUCCUUUUUGUUGGCUGCCCAUUGCAUAGCAAAUAGUGCCUCAUUCCUAUUCUGGAUCUCCCACAUACUGAAUGGAGCAGUGAAACACUAGGAAAAUUAUGUUUCCCCCCAAUUAAACUCUGCAAUGUCCCCACUCUCCCCUGAGUUGCCCAGAUUGUUUUAACUACCUUUAAAUCAAUUUCCUUAUCACGGUCUCUUAGUAAUAUCAAAUAAAAUAAAAAAUAAAAAAUACAAAGUUACUAAUGCGAUCAACUGUCACCAGCAUUAUUAUACAAAACAUUCCAAGAUAAUUAUUUUAGGAUUUUUUUCCGAGGAGGGAUGUUUGCAAAGUAAGCAGACAACUUGGGAAGAAACAGAGCAUUCAUCAAGAAAUGUAGUCAGCAAAAGAGAUCUGAGAGAGGCAAGUUAGAAGCCUAAUGAAAAUGUACAUCCUGCAAUCAGGUCUGUGUUAUUUAUGUAUUGUGAAUGUUUUCAUAAUUCUAUUGCCUGUAAGCUGCUUUCAUAAAUAUAAUAAAAUAUUUUGUGAACAUAAGGUCAAAUAAAGCAAUUUACAUUAUGUUUAUUAAAUAAA